AUGUCGCGGUCUGAGUCACGAAACGCCUGGAGCAAAGCCCUACCCACCACCCAUUGGGGACGAGUCGAACGACUGUCACACCAGGAACUCGAGGCUCACGAGAGAGAGAUCAUCAAGGAGUGGGAGUCAUCACCAGGUCACUGGUCCGGAAUUGGAAAGCACACAGACACCACAUCCGAGCACCUCGAAAAAGCGAAACGGCAUCACGACCAGUUCAAGAACAACCCCAAUAACCAACUGGGCCGCGGGAGCUAUGGCGUCGUCGAUAAAGUCUACCUCACCAUCAAGAACCGCUCGAUACGAUUGGCGCGCAAGCAUAUUCCCCAGCGACGGCAUAUUCGACUUGAAGACCUACGGCAGGAGGCCAAGGUGAUGGAAAAAGUCGAACAUGAACAUAUCGUCAAGCUCAUUGGUUCCUACUGCUACCGCAACGUACCUGAACUGUACCUCUUGCUGUGGCCUGUCGCCGUGUGCAAUCUGGAUGACCUGUUUAACGACCUGCAUCUUCUCCAAACUGGCCAAGACGAUCGCGAUGAAAUCCUUUCUCGGCUGGCCACACUUGAUCUUACUGACCUGGGCGCCCUCGAAUACCCUUACAUUCCGUCAUACGGAAAUCGUUGCUUGUUCAGAUAUAUGCGCCAGAUGAUGGGUUGCCUCACCCGCGCACUUGCUUAUCUCCACAAGUCCGACGUGCGCCAUCUGGACCUCAAGCCGGGCAAUAUCCUCUUAAGCCCUGGAAGAGUCUACCUGGCGGACUUCGGCAUAGCAAGAGAUGUCCAUGACCGGGAAAACACUCUUACUCUCGGGCAACAGGGAACCCCGAAGUGGAGAGCACCCGAAGUCAGCCGCAUUAGUGAUGAGUGGUCAAUGCGGGCUGCUGAUGUGUACUCGCUCGGUAUGGUGUUGCUGAACAUUUCAACGGUUGUCUAUGGCACCAAGAUAGCCGAGUUUGAUCAGGUUGCCGGCAAGCUACCAGAACAGGGGAGGGAUGCUCUACUCGACCAAUUCUUGGGUAACCUGGAAAUGAGGAUGUCGUCCACCACACCAUCGGAGCGGCCCGCGGCAGACGAAGCCGACCUUGAGCUGGUCGAGCUCGGUGGUAUCGACCAAGUUUAUCAUGCUUCCUGCUGCAAGAAGAGCAGCCGGUUCCUAACUGAAAAACUUGAUUCGCGCCUGAAGCAUGCCAUGGAAGACCGCAGGCGACUACUAGCCGAGCACGAAAAGAUCACCAAGAGGCUAGCCGAACUCGAAGCGAAGGAUGCCACAUACGAGGCUCGGAUCAGAAAUGAGACAACCCAUGUUGCUGAGAGGUUCAAACAAGUCUGUGAGCAGCUGGAAAAGAGGCUGGAAAACGAGUCUGGGGAAAGAAAGAGGCUUGAGGUUCGGUUGAUGGAACUCCAGACUGGUAAAAGGCAAGGAGUUCCAAUCGCCUCGCGCCGAACCACCACUCCUGCACCAGCAUCGACGAAGCCGGUUCUUGCCCCGAGCGGUUUGAAGAUGCCCUCAAGACCACCAACGCAUCCUUUACCAGCAACUUCGUCGUCAGCCCCUGCCGUACAAACUCUUAUCAAGAUGCCCACCCCCAUCGUCGAUCCCAAUGCUCGUCCAAGUUACUCUCAAGCCGUCUCAACCGGUACUAGUAGUAUUCCGGUACCGCAGAGUGCGACCCGUCGAGACUCGAUACGAAGGGAAUCCAUCGUUCGUCCAGCUAACUUGCUUAACUCGCCAAUUCCAGCCGUUGGGCCCAAGAGAAGUCCAACGCUUGAGGUUGUUCCUGCCAACUAUCCAUUGCGUCCCAGCACUUCAGCUUCCCGCUUACCUCGAGCCGUCAAUCCUGCCACACCUAUUAGGUCCAGCACUCCCAGCACACCUCGGUACAAUCGCAACACAUCUUCCGCCGAUAGCACUCAGAACAGCAUGAACAGCUCGACCCUUAGCUUGAGCAGAUCGCUAUAUUCCGACCUCAGCAUGCCAACGACCGUUGAAAACACUCCCAAUAUCAAGAGUCCUUCUCCCGAUGAAAUUGCCAAGAAGCCUGACGAGACGAUAUCCGAAUUUCACUACAACGAUGCUGCUACAGUCAUCAAGGUCGAGAGUGUCGGUCUCGGUUUGGGUUAUGAAGAGGAUAUCAAGAGAGCGGAAAGCGUUGCAAGUCGAGAAGAUCACGAAGACAGGGAAGAACGUGACAUACGAGACGAUGCUAGUGUUGUCAGUUUCGCUCCUUCGACGAGUACUGCCCCCUCCGUAGGCAGUGGUUAUAGUCGCACGGCCACUAGGAAGAAGGUUCCUUCAUUGCCUACUGCCCCAAGCUGGGCUGAUGUGGCGAGGACCAUACCUCAGUUGCGAAAAUAA